AUGUCAGGACCCAGGCCAGUAGUUCUGAGUGGCCCAUCCGGGGCUGGGAAAAGCACUCUGCUCAAGAGGCUGAUGAAAGAAUAUGAGGGCGUCUUUGGGUUCAGUGUCUCCCAUACAACUAGGAAUCCUCGUCCCGGAGAAGAGAACGGCAAAGAUUACCACUUCGUCACCAGAGAGAAGAUGCAGGAGGCCAUCGACAACAGGGAGUUUAUUGAAAACGCAGAGUUCUCUGGAAACAUGUACGGCACCAGCAAGUCGUCUAUAGAGGACGUUCAGGCCCAGAACCUGAUCUGCAUCCUGGACGUCGACAUUCAAGGAGUGAAAAACAUCAAGCAGACUGACCUGAACCCCAUCUACAUAUCCAUCCAGCCUCCGUCCAUGGAGAUACUGGAGCAGCGCCUCAGAGACAGAAAGACGGAAACGGAGGAAAGCUUACAGAAACGUCUGGAGGCAGCCCGAAUCGACAUGGAGCUCAGUAAGGAACCAGGCGUUUUUGACCUGGUCAUCAUUAACAAUGAUCUGGAUGAAGCCUAUGAGAAGCUUAAAAAUGUUCUUAUUGAGGAAAUUCAGAAGGUUCAGGAUGCCAAAAAGUAA